UUUCAUCGGUCUCACUUUUUACGGAGUGACAGGUUGAAACGCAGUGAGCCCUGUAAUUGCAGGGUGUUCCCAAGGCAACAGAUAAGGCAUGCAUUUCGUCAACCUGUUUGGGUUCAGUUUCUGAAAAACAACAGAGACUGACGGUGACAGAUUGAGACUGACGCAUUGAUUGCGCUGUUUGGUCGAGACCCGCAUGAACGCAGUAACAUUUAAAGUGUUGCGGCGCUCGCGCCAUUCUAGUCAUUGCAUCUUCUAUGGGAAAUAUAUAUUUUAAUCUACGACGCAGCCGAGGAAGUUCAUUAAAGAAAACGCUUGUCUACACAACAGUUUGCCGCAAGGAGGAUGGUCCUCCCCUUCCUCCUCUGAGGAGCCUCCACUGCUGCUGGACAAAGGCACUAACUUCUGCUGGUCUUGCUUUGGUUACACACACUGUGGGACUGACUGUGCACCCUGUCCCGUUCACCCCGACAAGAUGCAUAUGAAUAGCUUACUGAAUCGAUGGAACGAGCUGUCCAGGAUGAGGUGUGAGUUGGAGGUGACCCCUGAACCCAGCAGCCCCACACUGCUCGGCGAGGUAGCAGACACCUACUGCCAGGUGGACCGCUGGCAGAAGCUUCGCACCGCUGUCCGCAAACUGGAAUUCUGGGAAGACUUCAGUGCCGAGCUGAUUGGGAGUGGCUUCUUCUCCAAGGUGUACAAGGUGUCGCACAGCACAACGAGGAAAGUGAUGGUGGUCAAGAUCUAUAAGAACGACGUGGACCAGGACAGCAUCGUACGAGAGAUCAGUCUACUGCAGAAGCUCUCACACCCUAACAUUGUCAGGUAUCUUGGGAUCUGUGUGCGAGAAGAAAAGCUGUACCCAAUACUGGAGUAUGUGAGUGGAGGCUGUCUGGAGGACCUCCUGGCCCAGGAGGACGUGUCUCUGUGUUGGAGGGAGAAGGUGGACCUGGCCUGUGACAUCAGCAGAGGCAUGACCUACCUGCACUACAAGAACAUCUACCACAGAGACCUCAACUCCAAGAACUGUCUGAUACGGGAGACGUCUCGGGGCAGGGAGGCGGUUGUGACAGAUUUUGGUCUGGCCAGGGAGGUAAUGGUGGAGCUGCCAGCUAAUGACCCAGAGAGGAAGAUGUCCCUGGUGGGUUCUGCCUUCUGGAUGGCCCCUGAGAUGCUCCGAGGGGAACCCUAUGACCGCAAGGUGGAUGUUUUCUCUUUUGGCAUCAUGCUGUGUGAGAUUUUGGGCCGGAUCUCAGCAGAUCCCGAGAUCCUUCCCAGAACACGGGACUAUGGUCUAGACGUUGAGGCCUUCAGUGAGAUGGUCCAAGGUUGUCCACGACGCAUCCUGGAGCUGUCAGCCAACUGCUGUCUGAUGGAUGCGUUUCGGAGACCCUCCUUCUCAGAGCUGCUGGAUGAGUUGGAGGACAUCGCUGAGAGCCUGGAACCCCCCGACUCAAACCUGACCACUGGGUGAGGGGGUGGGGUCACUGUGUACCCCCCUCAGCCCUCCUCCCCUGGAACGGAGGACAGUGUGGACGGCAGCAGGCAGCCACCCCAGUCUUAUACAGCAGAGGCACUUUAUAGUUCAGGUCCGCUCUACAGGAACCAGGUGUAGGGCUCAUAAUGCAGCUCCUCCUGCUGACUCUGUGUGACACUGUGUGUUUCUC